AUGAUAGACCAGGGCGACCUGGACGGCGCAGAGCCGCUGCUUCGCAAGGCGCUUGAGGAGUGCUACGAGAAGCUCGGCGACCGGCACCCGAGCACGCUCACCUCGAUCGCGUGCCUCGGAGGGCUGCGCAAGGACAAGGGCGACUUGGAAGGCGCGGAGGCGCUGCUCAAAGAGGCGCUGGCGGGAAAGCGCGCGAUUCUCGGCGACCAGCACCCGAGCACGCUCGCAUCUAUUGCCUGGACCGGCCAGCUGCUGCAGGAGAAGGGGGACCUGGAUGGCGCGGAGGCCCUGCUCGGCGAGGCGCUGACGGGGUGCCGAGCCACGCUCGGCGACCGGCAUCCCAAGACGCUCACCUCGAUCAACAAC